GUAUGCGCAGGGCGGGAAGGGGCGCGGUCCCUCCCUCGGUGGCGGGGUAGGCGGGUGUGUGUGAGUCUCCCGGCGCGGCUGCCUCUGCAGGCUGACGCUGCACGUGCGCGGGGGGCUGGCAGCGCGCGCUGCGGGAUUUGUCGUAAUGGAUGAAGACACAGAAUACAAUAAAGUUGGAGAUGUGGUUGGUUGUCACGUUGAAGACGCUGUGACAUUUUGGGCGCAGAACAUCAGUAGAAAUAAUGACAUCUUGAAAUUAAGUCGUGCACUGGCUGAAGUUUGUCCUCAGGCCAACUCAGUUUUUGGCAAUCCUGAUUUUACUAAGAUCUACGGUGGAUGUUUUUCUGAAGAUAAAUGCUGGUAUAGAUGCAAAGUACAGCAAGUGAUCAGUGAUGAAAAGUGUCAAGUAUUAUACAUUGAUUAUGGAAAUUCUGAGAUUCUAAAUCGAUCAGAAAUAGUUGAGAUUCCAAAGAACUUGCAGUUUCCCAGCAUUGCUAAAAAGUAUAGACUCUGGGGACUACAGAUUCCUCCUGACCAAGAUUUAAAUCAAUUUGACCAGGGGAGAAAGUUCUUAUGCAGUUUAAUUUUUGAAAAAGAAAUAAAAAUGCGACACAAAGCCACAUACCAGGAUGGUACCGUUGUUGCCCAGGCAGAGUAUGGAAAAGUGGAUAUUGGGGAAGAGGUGGCUAAGAAGGGGUUUGCUGAAAAAUGCAAAUCCCCUAUAAAUGCUAACAACUGCAAAGAGAAAAAAAUAGAUGUCGUUCCGUACAAACCCUGGAAUGCAAAAGUUACAGCUCCAGCAUGGGAGAACAGACCCAACCCUUCAGUAUCCAAUCGACUGAAAGGGCGUUUUGGUGACCAGAUAGGUACCAAUAUGAGGAAUGAAAAUCAUACUGGGAACCAUAUGCCUUUUGCGAAGGAAAAAUUGAUGGCUUGUGACUUUAUUAUGGGGUCAAACAUCAGUUUGGCAAAAAUAAAACAGGAUCAGAAACUGAUUGAAGAGAAUGAAAAGCUCAAAAAGGAGAAAGAGAUUCUCCAGGAGGAGAAUCACAUUCUCCUCCACAAUUAUAAAGAACUAGAAUCGACGAUUGCACAGCUGAACCAUCAAGUGCAGGAAGAAAAGGAAGCAUCUAAGGAAACUCUUAAACAUCUGGGGGAAACUCUGCAUACGUAUGUAGGAACUAAACUGAGAAGUUUGGCUGCCCAGGUUGAGGUACUGAAAGAAGUUAGGUGUGCAAAUAUGAAUGUUCAUUUUGGAGAUGACCUCUUCAGAGCUGUAAAGGAGGUUACUGAAAGGUGUCUCAUUGUUCCGUCUUCCUUGGGAAAGUUGGAGAAGAUUUGGGCAGAAUAUAACUUGGCUCAAGAGAUGAUUCAGUUGUGCAAAAAUGUGAAUGAAAGUGAUGUCUUAAUUCUCAAGAGAAAUGAAGUGCAACAGAAUUUGUACUCUGCAGUGGAAGAAUUCAUUCGGGAAGUAGAAGAGCUACCUCUCUCUGAGCGUUCAACUAUUUUGCAGGAACUGUCUGCUUCUCUGGAGGCAGUAUAUGGUCAAGCUAGUGAAGCAGAUGACUCUGAGGAGGCAUUUCAGCAGUUUUUUGAGUGGAAGCAAACUAAACUGGAAGAAUUCAGUCGUGUCAGAAGUGGUACAAAUGCUUCCCUACAGAUUCUUGCAACAUGGUUCAGUGGCAUGAUAAAGUUUUUUGACCUGACAUCAGAAGUAUCUUUGAAGUCAGAAGAAGUGGUUGGUAACGUGGAUGAAGUUCUUGAGAAGGUUGAGUCAGAUAUCUGCAAAGAGCUGGAGAUUUCUCUAGUUGCGCAAGAUGAGGCAGAUAAGGAAAUAAUCUUAAAUGCUUACAAUAAAGUUAUACAGAAGAUCUGUCAGGAGCAACAUCUAAUCACUGUAGUACAGAGCAAGUAUUUAACCAGUGUUGAGUUUAAAAAGCAGAUUGCGGAAUGGUUGAAUAAAAGCCCCAACAUUGACAAUUUGUUCUCAAUUAAGAAGACUUUGAAAAAUGUAAAGGCACGACUCAGAUGGAAGUUGGUUGAAAAGAGCAACUUGGAAGAAUCUGAUGAUUACAGUGAGUAUGAAAUAACAAAAAUAAAAGAAGAAAUCACUGGACUGAGAAAUAGUCUCAUUCAGGAAAUAUACAAUGAACAAGAAGAAUAUGAGAGGCUUACUUGCCUGGUACAGAAAUGGUUCCCUGAGCUGCCACUCCUUCACCCGGAAGCAGGAAUUCUGAAGUAUAUGAACUCUGGUGGACUUCUGACAGUCAGCUUAGAACGGGACCUCCUCGACGCUGAACCCCUGAAGAAAUUGAGCACGAAGCACCCAUUAGUGUGUUCAGAAGUUCAAGAACAGAAGGUUCUUUUAAAGGGCUAUUCUGUAGAUGUGAACACAGAGGCAAAAGUGAUAGAAAGAACAGCCAAAUAUCACAGAGCUUGGAGUGAAUUUAAGGAGAAAUCUGGAUUAUUACAGUUGAUGUUCCUUUUUUUGUGCAAGUCUGAUCCUUUGGUAUAUCUGAUGGUCCCAUAUUACCCAGGAGCAAGUCUAGGAGCACUGCAAGCUAGUACACCUUUAACUUCAGAAGAAAUAUUGAAAGUGAUGGAAGGAGUGGCUCGUGGUCUGCAUACGCUGCACAAAGCUAAUAUAGUUCAUGGAUCUCUGCAUACAAAUAAUGUGUUUGCUCUGAAUCGAAAACAAGGAAUUGUUGGAGAUUUUGACUUCACCAAAUCAGUGGAUCAACGUGCCUCUGCGAACUCUAUGGUAGUUGGUAACUUGAACUUAAUUUCCCCUGAAUUAAGAAUGGGACAUCUGGCAUCUCCAUCCUCUGACAUGUAUGCCUAUGGCUGCCUUCUAUUCUGGCUGUUUGUUGGAGACCAAGAAUUUAAAAUUAAGGAAAAUGGAACCCCUGAAGUGGAUGGACUUAAUAUGGAUAAUAAGGUUAAAUCUCUACUCUUGAAUCUGAUCUGCAGUAACAGAAUGACAGCUGAGCAGGUGCUGAAUGAUGAGUGUUUCUUGUUCCCGGAUGUGAUCCCAGCUCCACCGCAGAGUGAACCUGGUGAAGAACUUGAAUGUGAAAAGACAGAGGAAAAAGGCGAGGACAUUAUCAGUUCUGACAACAAGACAGAUGACAAUGAGGAGAUUGACCCUUCUCAGUAGGCCAGAGGACUCGCCAGCCAUUUGCUUCAGUUAUUUUUAUUUUGUUUGAGUUCUAAAAAAAAAUAAAAACUUGCAUGGGAUCUGAAAGUAGUUGUCCUACACUCAAAUAUUCAAAAUAUAAAAGGGUUUGGUAAGCCUAACCAUUUUUGUGUAAUUACAGGUGUGGUCCCUUCGUUGGGAUUUCUUUUAAAAAAGUAUGUUGCUGAAUAACUCUUUGAAUAACUGUUUGAAGUUAAGAGCAUGAUGAUGCUAAUUGAGGCAAUAGCAAAGAGAAAUGCUCUAAAGUUUGUCAACGCUUUGCUUUAUCACUUUGACAUUCUGAGGACCUUUCGAGGGGAUGUUAUCUACUGGUGGUAGAGCUGUUAGCCAGAUACCAGGAGAUCAGACGUGUGAAAUCAUGACCCCUUUUCAUGCCACUGUCCUCUCCCUCUUUCUUCUGCUCUGCUCCCUUCCAAGAUGUUCCUGUUAAAAUAGAUGACUGCUGCUCUUACUGAGGGGCCAGUGAUGUGUUUUGUCAGAUAGCCAAGCAGAUAUUCCAACAGCAGCUGCCUCCAAGACAAAAACCACCUGUGGUGCCUUGAGAAUUGGUCAGCAGAAUGUACUAAGUGGAGAGAGCUAUCAAACCUAUUUUCCCUCCCCAGAAUCCAAGCAAGGUAUGUUUGAGCUCCUCUGAUUGAGUUGGCAAAAGGCCGAGGACAUUGUGUCUGUCUCAUCUUUGCAGUGCUGCCACCAUGCCACCUGCCUGGCCAAAUAAAAUACUAUGCCUUGUAUUCUGCUUGUUUGUUUAUAAAAGCGGGGGAAGGGGGAGCGUGGGCGUGUUUUUUAUAGGAAAUCAUUUAAUAUCUUUCAGGUUUUGAUGCAUGACAAACAUAAAUAAGAUUUCUGAAUGUUUGUCUAAAUAUAUUUUGAAGACUGCAGAUUCUCACCAUGGUGGGAGGGGAGGGUUGUUUGAAUGAACAAAAGAAUAAAAACUCAAUUUUAUGCAAAAUUUGGAACAAGUCUAUUUAUAAUUACUGGAGUGCAAGAAGUCACUCCUGACUUGCAUGUUUAUUGAAGCCACUGCUGAGUCACUCUUUCAUUCAGUGGCGUAUUUGGAGACUGAAAUGGGAAGGAGGGAGCAGCAAUGGAAAAGAAGAAGGGCGAGAGACAUAAUUCCUGUAAGAAUAUAUCUGGCCACAGGGUGUUGCUCUUGACUGGUGAUAUUGCUCUUGGACAGCGUUUUAGCCAGAGACUAGUGUGUGUAGGGGAACUUUUAACAGAAUUGGCCAUUACCAUUUGAAGAAUGUACAGUGUUGUGUUUUUGUUUUGGGGAAAGACUAGGAAGUUUCAGGUACAAUGAUACAGUCAAUACUAGAUUUAAGAUGCAGUCUUGGAAUUGCUUCUGUAACAUUAAAGAAUGUUUUGCCGGAGGUGGUAUUUCAGCUUUAAUUGAUAUUCGACUUUGACUUUGUUUUGUUACAGAAUAUUUGAUUAAAAUGUUGUCUUAUUUUUCUGAUUAGAGGACACUGAUUUUCAGAUAUUUGUGUCUAUAAUAAAAAUCAGUGAUAGAAAAAUCUUUGUAAAGUGGUUUUGGUUUUAAAAUUGUUUAGGGUUGACAAAUUAAUUUUGAUUACAAAAAAGUCACAGAUGCAUAGUAUACUAAAAUGUGUAUUAUCAUUAGAGUAAAACAACAAAAUAUACAACAUUUUAAAAACUUUCAUAUUGUUGAAUAAAGCAUUUAUUAAUUCAGGGGUAUGUUUUAAAUACAUGCAGCAGUAAGCAUCAUCUAGAGAGCUAACCUAAUAUUUGGGUUUUACUUUAGAUACUGCAUUUAGAGUUCAGGUUGGGGAGGUAUAAUAUACACAACUCCCUCCAACAUGCUUUCUUGUGCCCUAGAAUCUAAACUGUAAUCUUAUUAUUGCUUACACUAUGGUUCACCUAGGAGCCCCAAUCAUGAAGAAGGACCCCGUUGUGUGAGGUGCUGUACAGACAUGAACCAAAAGAUGGUCUAUGCCUCAAAGAACUUACAAUCUAAAGCUUGCAUCUUGAAUAAAAAAUUUGUUAGGCCUUGUGGUUGUGAAGAAAACCUUCAAAAUAUGAACCAAGUGUGACCAAUGUAGUGGUGAUGGAGUUUGCAGCUAGCCUGAAACAAAGGUAUGAAAAAAGGGAAUCUGUUCCUGUUCGUUUUAAUGAAAGUUAGCAUCAAUGCCUAAUGAUAAUUUAAAUGUCAUUAACUAGUUCACUGAUGAACAAGGCAUGUAAGAGAGUAGAGGCUGGAUGGUAUUCUCUAUCUACUGUGCAUAACAUCUCAUUCUGGCACCAUGAGGAGUGGUACUUGUAAGAAUAUCACGACUUAUUGUGGAAGCUGUUGUUGGGUCUGCAUCACAGUGAGGCAGAAGCCAAUGAUGUGGAGUCUGAGUAUAUUCUAAAUGUGCCUUGUUUUAUUUAAACACAUAUACCAAUCCUGGAACAGCGGUAGCUACAAACAACAUGCUGGUAAUAUUUUCUUUCAGAAAUCUCAUCCUGUCACCACAAUGGCCUGUUCUCAGAAAAGUUCUGCCUCAACAAUUGACUUCCGUGAGACCUAGGCAGAGAGCAGAGUCUUCUGCUGCUUGCUCAGUUCCCUCUACAGAGAACCUUGAUAACAAAAAGUAAUACAUAGCAUGUCUUCCCAAGACUGAACAUUUACUUGCACAUUAAGAAGAACUUGGUAGACUGUGUAACAGCAGAACCUGAUGACACCUGCCUUAACAUUUUUACCCGAUCAAGAAAGGGCUAUGCCUAAUAAGCUCACCAGUGUACAUAAUCAUAUUAGAACUUUUUACACAAUCUAGUGAGAGUGGCAACUCAUUUGUGCCAUCUUGGCUAAGUGGAACUUAG